AUGGAAGCUGGCGCUCAACGUGAAGCGACACAGCCGAUGCUCGUUGUGCAGGAGGAGACGCCGAUGGUCGGCGUUCGGCCCAAAGAUACAGAGCACGAGACAGAGGCGGCGGCGGCGGCAGUGGAACUGGUAGUUACCCAGCCGGAGGUGUUGGCUCCGGAGGGGCGUACGGACUACGACAAGCUGGUUGAUUUGUUUGGGUGCCAGCAAAUCGACGCCGCGCUCGUUCACCGCAUCGCGCGCCUCGCAUCCCGGCCGCCGCAUCGCUUCCUUCGGCGCGGAGUCUUCUUCUUCGCCCACCGGGAUCUCAACAGCGGGAAUAUGCCAACCCGCGUCGACCCCUUUCUGCUCAAUCCCCCAUCCACGGGUCCAUCUGGGUUCGACCCGUUCCAACCCACCAAAACCCUCAAACCAAACGCACGGUUCAUGUUCACAGAGUAUUUGCAGGAUGCUUUCAAGGUGCCCGCAGUGACUGUUGCUGAAUGCAAAAGGCUUGCCCGUGAAAAUGCAAAAGACAUCAUAGCUUGUGGAUUUGAUAUUCAGAGAACUUUCAUCUUCACAAAUAUAAGUUAUACCAGAAGGGCAUUUUAUGAAAAUAUCCUUGAAGUUGCCAAACGAGUGACAUGUGAGGAUUCUAUUCGGAUAAUUGGAGGUAGUCAAGAAGAUAACAUUGGCAUUGUCAGCUUUCCUCCUGUGGUGGCUGCUCCAUCGCUCCCUUCGUCAUUUCCCCAUCUCUUUCCUCGCAAUGACCAACCGCGGUGCCUUAUACCAUGUGUAAUAUACAGGGAUCCUUCUUUUAGGAUGAUUCGUGAUGUUGCUCCUAAAAUUGGUUUUCAUAAACCUUCACUGAUUGAAUCCAAAAUUUUGCCUGCGCUUCAGGGGGAGGAGAGCUCUAAAAUGUCGGCCAGUAACCCAAAUUCUGCAAUAUAUAAACAAAUAAAGACAAAGGUGAAUAAAUAUGCUUUCUCAGGUGGCCAGAGCUCUGUGGAGCUUCACAGGAAACUUGGUGCUAACCUUGACGUGGAUGUCCCAAUCAAAUACAUAGAAUUCUUCCUAGAAGACGACGAUGAGUUUGAGCACAUAAAGAAGGAGUACAAGGAUGGAAGGAUGCUGACUGGCGAAGUGAAACAACGCCUCACUGCCGCUAUAUCUGAGAUGGUUUCUAGACACCAGAGAGCUAGAGCUCAAGUCACUGAGGAGAUGGUUGAUGCAUUCACGGCAGUAAGGCCUCUUCCAAACAUGUUUGGCUGA